GCUAAACACUAUGUGAGCUAAACGUAUCGUUGAUGUGUUUGUUCAUCCCUCCGCUCUGAGGCAAUGGGAGUGGCUAGAAUAACCUUCGGGUGAGCCAGUCGAGAGCCGGAGAGCGAGAAACUGACGGAGAAGACUAGUCGGUUUUUAACAUGGCGGAGACCGUACGCUCGCUCUUCGACUACCGGGAGCCACCGACCCUGGACAGCGACGGAGAGGGAACCAAACCGGCGCCGACACCUCGGGGACGCGGUUGCGGGAGAAAAAGGAAGGGAACGCCGGUGAAAGUGUGUGACCGCGUCUUUGUCACAGAGGAUGAGGAGGAGAGUUCCGAACACAGCUACGGUCCAGGUGAUGGUAAGGGGGCUGCAGAGAACAAACGACCAACCCUGGAUGGCCCUUGCUACAUCAAUGACCCUGUUCAGAUCUGUGGGUCUUCAGAGCUGGGUGAGGAGGGAUCCAGCGGGGGCAGGGUGGCGGCGGUGAUGUACCCCCCUCCUCCAAACUGCCGCAUCCGAGAGGUACACUGUGGGAGCCAGGUGCGUCUGGUCGUCAUAGCGAUCCGAGACAUCACCAAGGGAGAGGAGAUCACCGUUGACUACAGCCUGACCGAGUGGGGAGACAACACUAUGGGAUUCCGUGGUACUGUCUCCUCAGGGAGAUAUGAGUGUAUCGCUGACCCUGAGAACAACCGUAUCAAAAAGGAGGAAGAGUCCGGGCUCGUGCCCUCCUCUCUCUCAGCCCAGGACUACCUCACCCCUUCCUGGCCCCUGUCCCCCUCUUCCUCCCCCCUCUCCCACUCCAACGCCAGUGACUCGGAUCCCCAGAAUGAGGAAGACGGGGGUCAGAGAUGCACACCUCGCCGUCGAAAACGCCGCCGGACCACCACCCCUUCCAAAAAGAGAACCACCCCUCACCGGACAUCCCCGGGCCGCCCUCCCCUCUCCUCUUCAUACCGCCCCCUCACCUUCUCCCCCCCUCCCUCCUCCCCCACCUCUUCUCGCCCUUCUCUGUUCAAAUCCCCCGCUCCGUUGGGGCCCAACACGACGGCGAACAUCAGUAUUAACAUCGCCAGGGGGGUCGGCAAUGGCGUGCCCCCCCAGAAGCUGAGCUGCGCCUACUGCGGCCGCCACUUCCGCUCACUGGGGCGCCACCUGGACAAGCACCACACCAACCAGCCUGAGAUCCGUGCCGCGCUCAUCGAGCGCUUUAUGCCCCACCUGGCGGCCGCGCACGCCACACACCACACUCAGUCCCAGCAGCAACCUCGGUCAUCAUCAGGAGUGGAGCAAAACUCCCACAGGCCACCACCGGGGGGCGCAACCGCGUUCUCCCUGUCUCCUCAACGUCCGGCCGCCCAAUCCCCUUCCUCCGCCGUUGGGGGAAACUCCUCCCCCCUGGUAUUGACUCCACCCCGAGGGCGCAGUGCGGUGGCUGUGUCCGUUCUGAAGAGAAGCCCGCCUCCGGCGGCUGUGACCCCGCCCAGAAAGGCGGGACUGCGCAAAGUGAAGAAGGAAAAAGAGGAGGAGGAAGAGGAGAACGAUCUGGUGGAAGUUGAGGUGGUGAAGCCCAAAGAAGAGGCAGAGGCGGCUUUUCCCCACGUCUUUCAGCAGACGCCCAAGGAGAUGGAACGGCUGCCGAAAGAGGAUGAAAAUGAAGAGGAGGAGGAGGCGAACGGUAUGAUGGAAGACGACAGUGGAGCAGAGGAUAAGGAGAAGGAGUUAUUGAGUUCGGGACGUCUCCACAUGCUGCCCCUCCUCUCCUCCCUGUCUUCCCUGGUCCUCUACCUCCGCAGGCUCCAGCACUCUGCCUUCCUCUCCCUGUCCCGCCAGCUCCAAUCCGCCGAGGCCUGGCGCCUCCUGUGCCACUCCUCCCUCGCCCUGCUCAUACUCUACAACCGUCGCCGCGAGUGCGAGGUCUCCAAACUGGCCAUAGCCGAAUACCGCUCCCGUGUCACCCCCCAGUGCCCCGUGCCAGUGCCCCCCGGCGCCCCGCCCGCCCUCACACCCCUGGAGGCAUCGCUUUCGCCCUUUGAGCGUCUCGUGCUUCCACAUUUGCCUCGAGUAGGUGUCCAGGGCAAACGAGGAAGAGUCCAGCCUCUUAUCCUGCCACCACACUGCGAGCCAUGUCUGGAACUCCUCCUCCAGACCAGGCAAGAUGUCGGCGUCGAUCCCCAGAACCCGUACGUCUUCGCCCGGCCGUACCACUCCCCAGCCACCCCCCUCCGUGGCACCGACCUCCUCCGGAGCCUGGCCCGCUCCAGUGGCACCCGGAACCCCCGCGCCCUCACCCAGACCCGAGUCCGGCGCCAGGUCGCCAUCUUGACGCAGCUGCUAUUGCUCGGUGAGGGGGAGGAGCCAGGACAGCCGGGUGGGAACGCCGUAGAGCGCCUGGAACACUUCCUGGAGCGUGAGUACCACGUGACGCAGAGCUGCGGCGGGAUUGGCCAGGACCCAGGGCUGAUGGGUAGAGUGGGGCGCGUGGUGCUGUGCGGGGAGAGAGACGGCGUGCUGUUCCGGGGGAUGAGCCUCCACCACAUCUGUCUGGAGCUUGACGUGAUGUCAGGAAACUCGGCCGACUCGUACUCGGAGGGCGACUCUGACGGCGAGGGGCGGAAGGAGAAGGGCGAGGUGGCCCCUCCCAGCCUGCUGAUGGUGCGGAAGGGCAGGACCAACAGCAGGACGCCGCGUGCCAGGAAACUCAAGGUCACGCCCUCCUCCACAUCGCCCCUCUCCCCCUCGCUCCCCGGCCGCAGAAGAGGCUCAGGUGGGCCCAAAUCAGGAAAACGCGGCGUCCUCAAGCGCCCGUGGUCGGACGCAGAGCGCGCCGCUGUGGAGGAGCACCUGACCUGCAACAUCGCCGAGCUGCGCGUGCCUGCCAAGGCCGACUGCGAGCGCUGCCUGCAGAGCUGCCCGCUGCUGGUCACCAACCGGCGCGACUGGCGGGCCAUCAAAUUCUACUGUCACAACCGCAUCCAGCUGCUUAAGAAGAACCAGCGGCGUGAGGACGACGGGACGCCCAUCAUGGUGUGCUGAGAAGACUGACGGAGAGACUGAGAGAUUGAUGGACAGACACAACAAUAGCUCCACAGUAUCCACAAUAGCGUGCUACUUGGAAUGAAGGAAGCCAAAACAGAGGCGUGGUCAACUCCGUAACGUUACAGCAGUGGCUGUCAACUCUGUAAUAUUUUUUCCGCUGACGGUCCAAAAACAAGAGUUGAUGCUUAAGGAACAGAGUUGAAGCUUAAGGAAGCAAUGUAGUGGGCGUGUCUUUGAAGUGGUACGCUAAUGUGGGUAUUGGAAUGUAGCCUAUAUCUCAUUAAGCAGGUUUCCAUCCAACCUUUUUAUGUAGUAAAGUAUGGGUCAAUGUCGGGUCAAAAAUGUAGUGACAGGCCUGAUGGAAACAACAUUUUUCGGUACACUUUCCAAAUGUCAACAAAAUGAAAUACGCUAGACAAGGUGGGAUAUUUUGUGUCGGUAAAAUGAAGUAUGCGAGAAAUGUCGGUGGAACUAUUGAUGUAAUAACCAUCAUAUCGAAGUAAACUUGGGGUCGCGCGAUGACAUGUGUGGCCCUCCUACUACGGCGUGUCAGGAAAGCAUGCAGUUUAUUAGGCUACAGAUUAAAUGCAUUGGGUUGAACUUCACAGGGUGGUGAUGAGCUUGAUGCUCCUGUUUAAUAAAUAUCAAGGGUCUUAUUUUGGUGAUCAUCGUUGCGUGGCAGCCGUUUGACAAAUAAAGAAAACCCGCUCUUUUGGCCAUAAUAAUCUCAUGUAGCCUAUACGUGUGUUCUAGCCAACAGCGCGCACGUGCCAGUACCAGACUCGCUAUAUAACAGAAGUUUUUUGUGGGAAAACCAUCUGUAGAGUUGAAAAUGUGAUGGAAACCCAUUUAACUUAUUUUUUUAAUUUGGUACAUGGGAAUUUAACAGCAAAAGUUAUUUGUAUGUGCACUACAUCAUCACGCACAGUCAAUUUGAUGGAAAAUCUCUGGUGGGAAAAUGCACCGAUUUUUUUAUUUUUUUUUGUGCAGAUUUGAGAAUAUCUGUCACCAAUUGGAUGGAAACCUAGCUAUUGAUACCCUUAUAUAUUGUCCUCGGAGACAAAAAGAGGGAGAGACUGGGGGAGUGAGAGAAGGAGUGACUGUGUAGGAGUGACAACAGCCUGUGUUGUGUAUGUGGACAUUUUAAUUUAGUUUUCGCAUAAAAACGAGACGAACAAUGUUCAGAACGCACCACAGAUUGUUGUAUUUAGAUUUUCUUUGGACUCCGGUGUUUUUGACAUACUCAAGUGUUGUAUGGACGUUUCUGAACACACUCAAGUUAACACUAUUAGGGUUUGAGGCUGUAGUGUGUGUGUGUGUUUCCAGUGCUGAGAAGAUGUUAUAGGGUCUCCAACACCCAGUCCUGGAGAGUGCAUGCUUUAGUUCCAGUGCUAACUCACCCGAUGAAACUACACCUGACUGAAAGACAAUGGCUAGAUCAUUAUUUAAAACGGGUGUGUUAAUAGCGCUGAGCCGGAGCAAAAGCCUGCACCCCAGGAGUGGAGCAAGAGAGCCCCUGGGUUAGAGUGAAGGGGGGGGAGGAAACACCACCAUCAGUGUGUUGUAAAUGUUCUUGUUUGGGGCUUUUCCCUGCUCCCUCCUUCAAAAUGAACACUACAAGACAGCAGUUGAACACUGCUUUGCCUAAAAUACACCAAGUAUAUUCUUGUUGUUGGCAUCUUUCUUUUAUUUUGUGCCUGUUGCACGUGUUUUCUUAAAAGCGCUUUGAAAAGGUGCAUUAGGCCGUCGGGCCAGUCUUCUGCGACGAGCAGAGUUCUGUAUUUAACUUGGCUGUGUUCUUCAAAGUGAUUUUUGGGGGGCAAUCUUUCAGAAGAGUGGGCAUAGCUGAAUACUAUGCCACGCUAUGGUUAUUUUUUUACAUGCAGUGUUGUUGCGUCAUUUGUGUUGAUUGUUUUGCCUUUUCAGACUGACCAGUGUAGCUCCAGUCUUUUUUCAGCAACUCUGGUUUCUAUCGUUCACUGCUGUUAGAUGAUGAGCUGCUUAUAGCUCUAGUCCAGGGUGUUAGUGUGGCUUGCUAACGCUUAGGCUAGCAUUCAAUCCGAUCAGUGGUAGAUUUGCAUUAUAGCGCGCUUGACAUUUUUAAAAGUUAUUUCCGAUUAAGCCGUUUGCGGAAACAUUGCCUUUAAAAGGUGCAUAGCUGACAAAGUGCGGUCGGGUGGAAUCCCGGCUUGAGCCUUCACAGCUUUAGCUAGUCGCACUAACGCCCUGGACCAGAGCUAGGCUUCUUUGUAGGUCUGCCGGAGCCCCAAGUAAACCCAGCAUUUUGUCUUAUUGGAUUAAAACCGCACAACACCUCUUGAUAGAUAGUUGAAUUUAUUUAACAUAAUCACAUAUAAUCUUACAUUGUUUCAUGCUAUCAUUUUGCCAGUUCCGGUGUACAUAAAAAAAUAUGAUCAUUACGUAAACUGUUUUUUUGUGCUGUCCGUAGUUUAUUUGUUCAUUUGCGAGUUGGUAUUGUACAUAGGUCUAUGGUUUUGUAAAUAUUCACAGAAAUGCAUAAAGGGGAAAAAAACUAGACAAUGGCUUGGUUUUUUGUGUUAUGUUUUUAUAUAAGUCUGAAAAGUUCAAGUCGUAUUUCUGAAGUUUGAUUAUUUCAAUGUACUAACAAUGAGUGCAUCCCAAUAAUAUCUGCUUUUUUA